AUGGCAGCCCCCGGCGCCCCCUUCACGCACAUCAAGGAGCCCGAGCGCCGCGGGGGCGCGCAGGACGGCCUGCAGGUGCCCGACGUGGCGCAGGAGGUGGUGCUGAGCGCGUCGGCGGACGGCGAGGGGCCCCCGGCCGCGGGACCCCCCGCGCCGCUGCAGCUGCUGCAGCUCCGCGUGCUGGAGGAGCCCUCGGGGGCCGCCGCGCCCCCCGACCGCAGCCUGGCCGCCGUGCUCGAGCUCGGGAGGGUGGACGGCCCGGCCCAGCUGGCCGACGCGCAGCUGCUGCUCCUGGAGGCCCGCACCGGGGAGGGAGGCAACGAGGAGAUCGUGCUGACCAUCUGCAACGUGAAGGUGGACGUGCAGGGGGCCCAGCGUGCGCCCGGGGCAGCGGCCGGCCCCACCCCAGCCGUGGGCAGCAGCGCGCCGCCGGCCAGCGCGUCGACAGCGGCAGCGGACCCCCGACCCCGCAUCGCCCCCACCCCAGGAGCGAGGAGAACCUUCCAGUGCGAGUUCUGCGUCUUCACCACGUCGCGCGCGUCCAGCUUCAGCCGCCACGUGAGGACGCACACGGACGAGAGGCCGCACGUGUGUCACCUGUGCCCCAAGGCGUUCCGCACCAUGACACUGCUGCGGAACCACGUCUACACGCACACGGGGACCAGGCCCUUCCAGUGCGGGGACUGCGCCAUGGCCUUCGUCACCAGCGGCGAGCUCAUCCGCCACCAGCGCUACAAGCACACGCACGAGAAGCCCUUCAAGUGCUCCCUGUGCAAGUACGCGAGCGUGGAGGCGAGCAAGCUGAAGCGGCACCUGCGCUCCCACACGGGCGAGCGCCCCUUCCCGUGCAGCCUCUGCAGCUACGCCAGCAGGGACACCUACAAACUCAAGCGCCACAUGCGGACACACUCGGGCGAGAAGCCCUACGAGUGCCCCGUCUGCCAGGCCCGCUUCACGCAGCGGGGCACCAUGAAGAUCCACUUGGUGCAGAAGCACAGCGACAACGUCUCCAAGCACCAGUGUCCCCACUGCGCCACCCUGAUCGCCCGGAAGAGCGACUUGCGCGUGCACCUGCGGAAGCUGCACCGGACCCUGGCCACCGAGCUGAAGUGCCGCUUCUGCCCCGCCGCCUUCCGGGAGCGCUACGCCCUCCUCCAGCACCAGAAGACGCACCGGGACGAGAAGCGCUUCAAGUGCGAGUACUGCAGCUACGCCUGCACGCAGGAGCGCUACCUGGUCAUGCACACGCGCACCCACACCGGAGAGAGGCCGUUCGCCUGCGCCGUCUGCGGCAAGACUUUCCAGCGGAAGACGCUGCUCACGCGGCACCACCGGAAGCACCACGAGGCCAGGGGCCCCCCCGGCGCCUUCCAGUGUCCGAGCUGCGCCAGGAGCUUCUCCCGCCGGAACAACCUGCAGAAGCACGCGGAGCAGUGCCUAGGGGAGAAGGGGAAGGGGAGGAAGACGCGGAAGAGAAAGGCGGCCGAGCCCGGAGGCGCAGAGGGGGCCCACGCCGCUGCUGCCCUGGAGGCCACCGAUGACACACAGGGCAAGCCGGGCCCGGGGGGGCCAGGGGCCACCCCCAUGGCCCCGGCGGAGGAGGGCACCUGUGCCCAGAUGCUGUGCGCCACGGAGCAGUGA